CGAGAGUCUGCCAGAGCUAGGACGGAGAUGUGCUGAACGUGUUGGCAAUCAUGACGUCCCCUUGCUCAAUUGGAAGGCUACGGGGUUCUUUCAUUUGCAAACGCUAAAUGAAAUGAUUUUCAAGGAUCAUUACGAUGAGGAAGACGAUGGUGAAGAUGAUGAUGGCUUCAAAUCCAAGAUGAUGGCUGAAAUGAAAAAGCUACGGGCGCAAGUGGUGUCUCUGGAGGCGCGGCUAAAACUAAUGGAAGAUAGGUUGCUUGUCGGGAGUGUGGCUGAGGAGAAGCAUGAUGAAGAUGAAGAUGCCAAGCAUCAAGCUGAUGAAGAUGAAGAGCACAAGCAUGAUAAAGUUGCAGAUGUUGAGGAGGAUCAUCAAGCUGAUGCUCAACAUCAAAAGCAUGAGAAAGUGGCAAAUGCAAGCGCAUGUGAUAUGAAUGCCUCUGUACCUUCUCAUGAGGUGGUAAAUGCAAAUGCAGCUCAUAUGAAUGCUUCUAUACCUUCUGAUGACGUUCAUGAUUCUGUAGCUGAAAUUGAGAAGCAUGUGGAAUUGGAAAAUGCAAAUGCAUCUGAUUUGAAUGCUUCUGUACUUUCUGAUGACACUGUAGCUCAACAUGACAAGCAAGAGGAACCUAUUGAUGAGUGUCAUAAAGCUGAAGCUGAACAUGAGAAGAAUGAAGAAAUUGCACAUGUUGCCGAAGGGGGUCACGAUGCUCACGUUAAAGGUGUUGACAUGUUUGAAGCAGGUACUGAUGUUGGUCAGGAGGGCCAAAUUGGUGACAGGGCAAAAUUAAUCAUUUCAAACAUCGUGUAUGAAGUGGAUAAUGCAAAUAAUUAUGAGAAUCAUGACUCUGUAUGUUCUGAUAAGGCGUAUUGGGAUGACGUGGUGGAUGAGUGGCAAGCUGUCGCUAAAGAGGACUUGGAGGCUGAGGCGGGUGAUGUGGGGAUGAAAAGGAAAAGGUUCGGCUCUAAGUUCAAGCUUAGCCCUUUCACCGAUCCUAACCCAAAGCGGCUGAAAGGCGUGAACAAAGCAAAUGAUAAUCUCAGCCAAGUAGCUGAAAGGCGUGAAACAGCGCCACAUUGAUGAUUCAUAAGAAACUUAAGUUUUCAGUUACCCCGUUAUCAUUCACACACAUUACGUUUAUACGAGGCAAUAAUGUUCAAAGCACAAAAGAAAGUACAUGAUAAACUACAUCAAACUAAGGUUUAAGUCCAACCCAUAAUCAUUUAUACAUUCCAUAAAUACGGGAGUUUGAGGAAUUUGGUCUGAUCCACCAAUGGUGUCAACUGUAGAACCC